AUGAACCUCCUCCUUCAAAGGCAUCCGCAAGCAGGGAAGGAACUGCAAGAACAGUUCGUUUUGGUGAAGGAGGCAUAUGAGGUCCUGAGCCAGCCCAAGCGGAGAGAGGCGUACGAUAUUGUGAAAGGGGCAGGGGCCGAAGCUGCAGAGGGGCCACGAAGGCGGUGGGGGACCCGAAAAGAGGAGCCGUUCGACGAAGAUUUCAGAGAUUUUUGGGAGAAGUUCGGCCACAGAUUUGCUCAGGAAGAAGAGCAACGCCGGGCCUCAGAAUACCAACAGAAGGCUGACAGGGCUGCGGCAUGGGAAGCUGAAAAGAAGGAGGCUGCCAGCAACAGGGAGCGAUACUACUACAGGAGAUCACGCGUGCGCGAGGCCCGCCACACUUACGUGGCCAGGGUGCUGUCCAGUUUCUGGCACUCCCACCCGGGCGUCACCUGGCAAGACGUCACAGUCACCUGCCUCACUGCUCUGGCGGCCGCAGGCAUCGCAUACACGUGGCAGCCGGUCUUUAGCAGGCAGAUCGAAGUGGAGUGCAAUCAUCCAGCUCAAACGGAUCAAAUGGCUGAAAAGGAUCGACAGGACCAAAUGGAUCAAUGUGUGGGUCAGCAGCGGCGGGAUCAUCUUGCGGAUCAAAUUGAUCAAUGUGGGGGUCAAGACCAAGGGGAUCAGUUUGUGGCUCAGACAGAUGGAUGUAGAGCCCAACAACAAAGGGAUGAUCUUGGGGGUCAAACGAAUGGGGGGUUUGUCGGAUCGGACGGGUAG